CUAAUCCUACGCUGAUGUAUGGCCUCCUCUAGCACUGCUCUUUCAUUCACUGGCACCUCAGUGUGUUGGGACUGCCAUCACUGCUUCACUAGUGAAGCCAUCCUUCAGCCGACCAUGGGAAACUCAAAAAGUGGAGUGGUGUCCAGAGAAGUGCUGGAUGACCUAAAGGUGAGCACCAGGUUCUCUGAGGCAGAGAUCACACAGUGGUAUGAGAACUUCCAGAAGCAGUGUCCCUCAGGCCGCAUCACGCCGGCUCAGUUUGAGGAGAUCUACGGCCGUUUCUUUCCUGACAGUGAUGCCAAGACAUACGCCCAGCACGUAUUCCGCUCCUUCGACACCAAUGACGACGGCACACUGGAUUUUAAGGAGUAUAUCGUUGCCCUGCACAUGACCUCAUCAGGAAAGAUGGCCUUGAAGUUGGAGUGGGCAUUCUCACUGUUUGAUGUGGACAAGAACGGUUACAUCACCAAGAAUGAAGUGUUUGAAAUCUGCCAGGCCAUUUUUAAAAUGAUUCCAAAGGAGAAGCAAGAGAUGCUGCCCAGUGAUGAGAACACAUCAGAAAAAAGAGCAGACAAGCUCUGGGGCUUCUUCGGCAAAGGAGAAAAUGAGCGGGUUGCAGAAGGAGAAUUUGUAAAAGGAGUGAUGGAGAAUGAAGAUGCACUGCGUCUGAUUCAGUGUGAACCUUUAAAGUAACGUUUUAGGACAACAUUCUAUAUUUUUAAGUUUUUGUACUAAGCGCUGUGUAAUCAGCAGGAGAAGCACAAUAGAAACACUUAUGAGCCAAGCAGUUCUAUCUUUCUCCUGCUGUUUAAAUACUGUACAGUGUGAAUGUACUGGUGACUGAUGCUUUGAAGUAUUUGGCUGCAACAAGUCAAGUGCAGUCGCAAAGACCAUCAGAAACUUUAUGAUGAAACUGGCUCUCAUCAGGACCGCCCCAGGAAAGAAAGACCAAGAGUUUCCUCUGUAGGGAGAUAAGAGCACCUAAAUGCUUCACAGAGUAUGUUGGUUUGUUUAGCACUUUUAAGUUACUACAUGAUUACUAGUCUAGAUAAGUUAAGUAUUAAUUUACAAUAUAGGGAAAAAAAUAAAAACAAUGAAUGAGAAGGUACUGUAAAUAAUACUUCAUGUCACAAAUCAGGCUUAUGGUUGACUGAUUUUAACAACGCAACCCCUUGUCAGCUUUAUUAUUGUUUGCUAUAAUGACACCAAGUAAUAGUUUAGUUAUAUUAUAUACCUUUCUUGUAAAUACUACCUAAAUACAUUUUGUUGAACUAAUAUUCAUGUAAUCAUCAUUUUUGCUCUAUAUUUUCUGAACAUCCAUUAUGUAGAAACGACGUCUUAAAUGAAUUCUACCUCUAUUUCUGCAUUUUGCCUUGACCAUUACCCAACCUCUGUUUGUACUGUGUAGGCCAGGGAUGCCCAGUUCUACUCUACUGAGAGUACCAACACUAUAAGGAGUUCACAUCCAACACAAGUGGCAAUUCAAAAACCACUAAUGAUCUUCCCUGCAAGGGUAAAAUGUAAGGUUGGAACAAAAUAUCAGGACCAGAACUGAGCAUCCCUGGCAUAGAAUAUAAUUAAAGUAUGAAUAAAAAAUAAUAAUGUUA